ACGGGGUUACGUAAACUGCCGUCCGCCGCCACACUCCUCUAGCAUGGGCAAGGACGCAGGCGGCCAGGGGAUGGGACAGGGUAACAGCUGAGAAAUGCAGGCGAGGGAGGAGGAAAACAGGAGAGAGAGAGAGAGAGAGAGAGAGAAAGCGAGACACUCCUACCUGGAAAGGAGGAGGGGCAAGGCUUGGGAGCAGAGUGAACCUGGGUGGGUUGAUCAGCAGAGUGCGUGAGAGAGGGAAGCACACACAGAUUCCUGGCCUCUCGGCAAUAUGGCCACAGGUCGCUCUCAGCUGCUUUAAAGAAUCCCAGGACGGCUGCAUUCCAGAGUCGUGGCGGGCCGAUCCCCCCCUCCCCUGCCCCGGCCCGCUCACGGCUACCGCCCCCCACCUCCGUGGCUGGCUGAGGUUACCCUCCCCCCGCGGGUAUCCCUCUCGUCCCAUCGAGGAAGCCCUCAAAGGCAGCUCUCCAGACCCAGCUUGGGCAGUGGGGGGCAGAGGAGCCCAGCAUACAAACGAGGGGACAUUUCCGUGGCAGGUCGGGCCCGGUGCCAUGUGGAGGUGAGCGCGAUUGGAGCACCGCGUCGCAGAUGGAGCUCAAGGUGUGGGUGGACGGCGUGGUGCGGGUGGUGUGCGGCCUGUCGCAGGAGACGUCCUGCCAGGAUGUGGUCAUCGCUCUGGCCCAGGCCAUUGGUCAGACGGGCCGCUACGUUCUGAUCCAGAAGCUGCGGGACACAGAGCGGCAGUUGCUGGCCGAUGAGCGACCGUUGGAGCUGCUGGCCAAGCUGGGGCAGCACAGCAAGGAGGUGCAGUUCUUCCUGCGUCGCACGGGUCCGAGCAGCAGCGAGGGGCCCGGCCCGGACCGAGGUCCCACGCUGCCCAAGCCACCCGAGCCAGUGACUCUGCGGAGGCGGGAGCCCAAGAAGUCACUGACCUUCAAUCUGGGUCCCGCAAAUUCACCCCAGAGCAGAGUAAAACAGAUUAAAAAGACACCCAGAGACUCCCCGGAGGCUAGGGCUUCCCCCCCCCUGCCCGGCCCAGCCCCCAGCCCUGUGCCUGGCCCUGGCCCUGUCCCUUCCAUUGGCACGUCCAAAGAGGAGGUGUUUCGGCUGAUAUUGCAACAGCAGGAAAAGCUGCAAGCUCUGGAUGUGCAGCUGGAGACUGUAGAGGAGAGGGUGCGAGAAUGUGAUAGGGUCCCGGGGCCAGGGCCCCGGCAGGACAAGCUGGAGCAGCUGGAGGAGCAGGCGUGGCGCAACCAGGCGGAGCUGGCCCAAGAGGCCGCCUGGGAGGAGGAACUGCAUGCGGAGGCGGAGCGGGAGCGAGGGCUGCGGCGCUGUCUGGCUGAGCUGCACUCCUCACUAGACGACUGCGGCCGCAGGCUGAACGACUGCACCGCCCACUCUGCGCAGCUGGAGCGUGAGAUUCAGCAGGAGGCGCACUGGGAGGAGUCGUCGCUGGACACCGUGAGGGCGGAGCUACAGAGCCAGCAGCAUCAGGGGGUGGAGCUGGAGGCCUCGCUGACGGAGGCAGAAAAAACACUGGGGCGGGUAGAGACUCUGCUGCAGGCCAAGAAGGAGGAGAUAGACGAGCUGAACAAGGAGCUCCGCCAGUGCAACCUGCAGCAGUUCAUCCAGCAGACCGGAGUUCCCCCCACCCCCCCGAAUUCGCACACGGACCCCCUGGAGCAGAUGGAGCAGGCCAAGCUGCAGCAGGAUGGAUACAGCAAUGGUGAGUCACUGUCUCGCCCCACUGCCAAGCACUUCCUGGGACACCCGCGAAACCUGCAGAACCCUGCGGUGUCCAGCCUGAACCCCGAGGUCCUGACAUCCAGGGAGUCGUCAUGGAGAUAGAACAGAGACCACAGCCCUGGGAAGUUGGUCACUGUAAACUUUAUUCCUUCCUAAAUGUUCAGCUUGUUCUAAUUGUUGUUCUAAUUAUAACAAAUGUUAUUAAUUCUAUAUAUAUAUAUAUAUAUUUGCAGAAUUUUGUUACAUUUUGGAGUAUAUAUUUACUGUAAAAUAUUUUAUGAUUUUUAUGAUAUACCUUCCGUGUAUAUAAUAAAGUUGAAUGACUGAGUUUCA